CGUCGCGCUCCGAUCCGCUCCGUUCUGCUCCGCUCCGUUUUACCUACCUACCUACCUACCUACCUACCUAGUCGAUUAAAUCGGAGGGAAACGUCUUUUCCCCGCUCGUCCUCUCCUCCACCUCCUUCGACACGCUGCGUUCGCCACGCUGUCCAUCCGCUUGCUUGCUUGCUUGCCUGCCUGUCUGUCUGUCUGCCUGCUGGCAGGCACCACGCACGAACUCAACAAAAACGAACAAAAAUCCGCUAACGUAAACCUCCGUGUGCUUUAGCGCUACGACACCAUUCCUGCUCCCGGCUUUCCAAGGCUUCGACCCUAUGGCCGCUGCUGCUACUGCCGCCGCCGCUGCUGCUGCUGCUUCGCUGUCUAUGCCGCCGGCGGGGCUCUUCGUGCCCUGGGGAGUGGGGCAGGGGGUUGGUGGUGAGAAUGCGGCAGCGGCGACGACGACGAUGACGGGGACAGCUGCUGCUGCUAUGCAGUAGAGUGGUGCGGUGGGUUUGGUGGUAAGGGGGUGGUAACGUUUUGCUGGGGAAGGGGAUGAAUGAAUGAAAGAGGUGGAGAUAAGAGAUGGAUGAUGGACGAGG